UUUGAAGACACUUGACGUCUCCCGACAGUGCAGCAGCUGUGGCAGAGUCACCAGCGUCCUGCUGCCCGGUCUGUGGAUCUGAGAGUGAGCUCCAUUGUCGCCGGUGCUGAUCGAGCAGGGCUACACAGGAAGGAGACAGACAUGGGGACAGGCUCCAAGACAGCCCACGUCAUCCCCUGCUUUUUGGGGAGCAUUCAUGGAGAUGGAAGGCAAGCCCUGCUGUGACCUUUUCUAAAGACGCCGUCGCUUCGUUCAUCAGGAGAGCGUUUUUUGGUGAUUUGCUCUCUCUCAAAAAAGACAAAAAUGAGAAACUGCAACCCCAUGGCGCGGCCGGGAAUUGUGCUCUUCCUGGUCACGUGCCCCCUGCUGGUCAUGCUGCAAAGUGCGCCCAGUAAAGCUCAAAGUGGGCAUCUUGGGGACAACGACCCAGACAGGUGUAUGAGGCACCACUUUGUGGAGACUAUCACACAUCCCAUCUACAAGUGCAGCUCUAAGAUGGCGCUGUUGGCACGCUGUGAGGGUCAGUGCAACCACAGCUCACGGUCAGAGCCCCUGGUAUCCUUCAGCUCCGUCCUGAAGCAGCCCUUCCAGAGCACCUGCGCUUGCUGCCGGCCCCACACCUCCAAGCUAAAGGCGGUGCGCCUGCGCUGCGCUGGCGGUCUGCGCAUCACCGCCACGUACCGCUACAUCCUGGCCUGCAGCUGCGAGGAGUGCAGCUGAGUCCCCUUGGCAGGACUCCAACAGGAAGCGUAAAAAAGAUCGUGGGAACCUGAGAUCGUUAGACCAAUAAGGACAUCAUCAGCACCAAAAGCGAGUCUUGGAAAACAUGCCACCUGCCUCUCUGCUGGCCACAAUAAGACCUUUGAUUGUGACUUCUGGCCACAAGUGUGUCACACUUAGUGUCAUAUUGCUGAAAGCCUGUAUAUUGUGCAGCCAUUACAGGCACGAUCAGGGUGGGGAUGAUCCCAGAGAACAGCAGGUGCACCAUGGGUAAACGGGCUGCCGGAUUCAUUUUGCACUCUGAUUGCAUUACAUAUUGCGGGUUCUGUUUGGUAGUAAUGUGGAAGGCACCAGAUUUUCAUGGGAUUGAUUUCAUUGGUGUUGAUGGCGAGAAUGAGGAUAUUUUAUUUCUUAUGCGUUGUGAGCCUGCAUCUGUUUUGCUGGGCUGAUGGAUUCAGGUCAACACACCUGUCACAUUCAUCUCCAGAUUUAAUCAACAUAUUAAUAGCAUGUUGGAGCUCAACUGACAGAAAACGCUUAGGAACAGUUUUUACCAAGGGGACAACAGACCAUGGAAACGGUUCUCACUGUCUCACUUCUGCAAAUACACAAAGACACAUUGCCAAUUAUAACCUUCACCCUGUCCUGCUCGUUAAAUUUCAAGAAUGUAUGUCUUGCUUGCAGACAUCCAUUAGGAAACAUGGUCUAAUGAAUGUUUUCCUUUCUUUCUAAGCACUGCAUUGACAGGCUGGUUUGAGAGACCAGAAGUGCAGGCAUAGGUGUGGCUGUAUGUCUCAGAAUGUCUUGGAAAUUUUUGUGGAACCAUCUUAAUUUUGCUCUGAUUUGUUCUAAUUGCAACAACGUUUGCUGAUGUCACUGAGUACAUUCUGCCCCCUGCCUAUACUCUUAACUUGCUUUCUGACCUCUACUAAAUUGUUCUGGUUUCUCAAUAAAUUCUUCAACGAGAACAUAACCACUAGACACAUAUGGUGCUCAGAUAAGUCCAGGCAUAAUCGUUUUGAUAAGCGCACAUUUUUUCCAUUGUGAUAGUGAACAUCAUUAUCGUACUAUAGGUAAGUAAGGACAGAACAGUCCACCAGAAGAAAGGUCUGAUUAACGUUCCCAUUUAUUGUAGUUUCCUGGUGUAACACAGUCCAUUUUCCAGCCUGAAUCAGAGGGCUUUCUCUGUUUCCCUGUACAGUGAAGUAAUAGGCUGUUCAAAACCUCUAGCAACUUGGGGACUGAAUAUAUAUCACUGCUUUUCUCUGUUUUCCACGCAAGUCGCUAAUGUGUUAGAGCAAUUCAGCUUUUUGAAGCAGAAAAAUCUCCUCUGCUCAGAAUGGUUUCUGUCAGUUCCUAUGGCAAUAGCUUCAUCAGUUAAUAAUCAAUAGUGAUAUAACAUCAUCUGAAAAACCAAAAGCAAAGUCAUUCAUCCAAAUCCUGUUUCUUUGCUUGACCAUAUUUUGCAACCAGAAUGCUGAAAAUAAGUUACGCAACAACACUGUCUUCUGCUGGCAGAAAAAUGAAGUGCACUCCAAAGUGACAAUGUUGUGGGGGUUGGGGGUGCAGCAGAAAGGGCUUGCUGUUAUUUUAAUUUAUUUUAGGAUGAUGUUUAGCCUUUUAACAGUCAUGAUCCUCAUCUGCAUUUUCCACUGACAAUGACACCAUGUAUAAACGUGACGACAGACUACAAGCUCAGAUUAUUAGAUAGUGCCGCCAGUAUCCUCUCUAGUUUCAUACAAAUAUCUACUCCAAAGUACGUUUGCUUACUGCACUUCAUGCCAAAAGAGUUUCUCCAAGACAUUAAAAGCUUUAUAUCCAUUGCUUGUGGCUUAGAUGGCAUUAACGUUGUCUGUUGUGUCCAUACCAUUGAAAUAUGAAGCGAACAGCAUUUGCAUUAACUUACUCAGCGGUUCAGGGCUCAGUUCUCCGUGUGCCGCAUUCGGAGAUAUUGUGGGAUCUUUGCACCACAUGUUAUUACGCCGUAACAUGUGCAUUUACACAGAUGGUUGGUUUAUUGGAGAGGAUGUUUGUUUUGCUCAAAGACUCCACAGCAAAACCCCUAUCAGCGCUGGUUACAAAUCCAUUACGCUACCUGCUGCCUUGUCACAGCUCCUAAGUAUUAUGUUAGCCAAAGUGUUUGACAGGUGGGAAUAUGACUUAGGUAUUUAGUUAUCAAUAAAUCAAUCCAUCCUUCCAUCCAUUUUCUAUACCUGCUUGUCCUAAGCAGAGUUAUAGGGGUGCGGAGCGUAUCCCAAAGGUAAGGGCGCAAGACAUCCAUAAAUUCAAUUUAAUUUACUUUUAUGAAGCAUUCUUCAAAAUAUACUUGCUUGGGCACAAUUUAUGUAUUGCAUAUACAAAGACACACAUUGCACUGUACAAUCCAAGGUAACAGAGGACAGGAACAAAGAUCCCUUUAGGAUUGACAAGUGGGGAAAAAAAUCUCUGGGAGCCCAAUGUCAGUUGGCAGGCAACCUCAGCAAGUCAUGCUAAUUUCAAUUACAUCAGGUAAAUAGGUGAGGUUCAGCCAGUCUGGUUCUUGUCCACUGUGAUCUGCUGUCCUUGACCAAAAGAGUUAAUCAAGGCUUUAAUUUUAGGAUCCAGGAGGUUCAGUGUUGUAAACCUGAGACACCAGCAUGCCCACAGGGAAUUAACAUAAUGACUAUUUAGCAAUGCAAUCAACAUAAACACAGCAUACGGCUUGCAUAGCAACAUCAACAUUAUGCAAAGCCAAACCAAUAGGUCUGAUUUAAAGACAAGGGGGGCAUUUGUGCAUUUGUAGGUAAGCUAUCCCACAAUGCGGAGACCCUAUAGCAGAAUACUACCAAUGCUUACUUCCAGUAUUAUUUGUAUUGCAUUAAGGCCUGGGUUUAAGGAAUGGAGUGUGUAUUUGGAUAAGGAAAACAUUCAAAAGUUCAAUUAAAUAUUUUGGUGCUUGUUCAUGCAGCAAUAUUUUGAAAUCAGUCCUAAAGCUAAUUGUGAGUCAGUGUAGAGAUAUAACAGUUUGUGUAAUAUGAUUAUAUGGUUGUGAUUCUUGCUGAAGAGCUCAGUUCUCACCCCACGGAGAAUAAUGUCAGCUUUGUGCUUAAUCGUUUUGGUUUUUCUCUCCCUGCCACUCCACUGAGGUUCUCGUGUUUGUGCUACAGUCCUUCCUGAACUUGUAAUUCGCUCCUGGACUGAGGAACUGCCUCGCUGCCGCAGAACCCAGAGCCGCGCAGAGUCAGGGGUACAGCUGCUGUGGUUCUUUUUUUGGUUGUAUUUGAGUUUUUGGCUAAUUUAUCUUUUCUCCUGAACUUUGUCCAAGAAGGGGUUUUUGGGAGUCAAAACAUUCAAGGCUAGUAGUAGCUGUUUGGGAUAUCCAGCAGGACAGGUCAGCGAUCUGCACUAAGCCUUACGGUUCAGAAUGAGGAGAAGCCUAAAGAUUGUCUCCAGUCCCGGAUGUUGCUAUGAUACACUGCAAUUUAACUGUAACUGUUUUUGAUGUAAGUGCCAAAUGGUCAAGAAUUCAUUUGAAACCUAACUGCUAUCUAAAGUCUUUUUAUUUAUGCGCUUCUUGCCACAUUCUUAAACCUGA